AUUUCUUCCAAAAUAGGUACGACUCUUUUGUGCCAAAAUUGAUUCUCAACGAAACCCGCAAACGCGUAGCUUUACACUCAAAGACAGAGAGAAUGCCUCUUCCUCAUGAUCUCUGUGCUCGACUUCAAAACGCCUUCCGAGCACGCCACCAAAAAAUAUGUGUCGAGCACAACACUCAGAAUCUCGGGAUCCUCUCCAUCCUACUCCGCUCAGGAUUCAUUUCUAACCUCACACGCGGAACGAUAGAACAACCCUCACCUGACCUCUUCCACUCUGCACGAGAAUCUCAGAGGCGUAUCUGGGCCGACCUCAAAUAUCGAGAUGAUAGACCCGUGUUAAAUCAAAUGGAAUUGGUUAGCAGACCGAGCAAACGCAUAUUCAUGGAUUUAUCGGAAAUAAGGUUGCUGUGUUCUGGAAGACGGACACAGACGAUUCAGCCAUUGGGUAUGGGGGAAAUUGCUGUGGUGAAAACAAAGAGCAAGGAGCAUCAGUGGUUGGAAGCGAGAGAGGCUCUACAGUUGAAAUUGGAUGGGGAAGUUGUGUGUCGAGCGCGUUAAAGAUCCUGUUUCGGUGCGUUGUCUGGGUGGUGUUCGGAGUUCGUUGUUCUUACCUCUAGAAAAGGCUAAUAAAAACGAGAAUAACCCUGGCAGUCUACCUUCUCGGAGCAAAGUACGAGUUAUAG